GUCCCGUUCCCCACUUCCUGCCCUACAACCGCCUCCACCCCAACGGCUGCUGCCCCACAGCUGCCCCCCAACUUGUGGGGCGGCCCCAUGGCGCUCCCCACCGCCGCCCUCUACGCCCUCCUGGCCGUCGCCCUCCACCCAUCGCUACCGACCACCGUGGGCCGCCCCACUGCCCCACUGACCCCCAGCGACCCCCAAGUGACCCCCAGCGACCCCCAAGUGCCCCCCGGCGCCCCCCAAGUGACCCCCAGCGCCCCCCAAGUGACCCCCGGCGACCCCCAAGUGGGCACCCAAAGGCUCAGCCCCGGCUACCAAAGAGACUCUGUUGGCCACCAACCGACCACCGUUGGCCACCAAAGAGCCUCUAUUGGUCACCAAUUGACCACCAUUGACCACCGACCACCCCAAGAGGCCACCAUUGGCCACCAACCGACCGCCGUUGGCUACCAAAGAGCCCCCGUUGGCCACCAAUUGACCACCAUUGACCACCGACCACCCCAAGAGGCCACCAUUGGCCACCAACCGACCGCCGUUGGCUACCAAAGAGCCCCCGUUGGCCACCAAUUGACCACCAUUGACCACCGACCACCCCAACCGACCACCGUUGGCUACCAAAGAGCCCCCGUUGGCCACCAACUGACCACCAUUGACCACCAAUUGACCACCAUUGACCACCAAUUGACCACCAUUGACCACCAAUUGACCACCAUUGACCACCAAUUGGCCACCGUUGGCCACCAAAGAGCCCCUGUUGGCCACCAACCGACCACCGUUGACCACCGACCACCCCAAGAGGCCACCAUUGGCCACCAACCGACCACCGUUGACCACCAACCACCCGAACCAACCACCGUUGACCCCCAACCGACCACCGUUGACCCCCAACCGACCACCGUUGACCCCCAACCGACCACCGUUGGCCACCAACCACCCCAAGAGGCCACCAUUGGCCACCAACCGACCACCGUUGACCACCAACCACCCGAACCGACCACCGUUGGCCCCCAACCGACCACCGUUGGCCACCGACCACCCCAAGAGGCCACCGUUGACCCCCAACCGACCACCGUUGACCCCCAACCGACCACCGUUGGCCACCAACCACCCCAAGAGGCCACCAUUGGCCACCAACCGACCACCGUUGACCACCGACCACCCCAAGAGACCACCGUUGGCCACCGAUUGAUCACCGUUGACCCCCAACCGACCACCGUUGACCACCAACCACCCGAACCGACCACCGUUGACCCCCAACUGACCACCGUUGGCCACCAAAUGACCACCGUUGACCACCAACCACCCGAACCGACCACCAUUGGCCACCAACCGACCACCAUUGGCCACCAACCGACCACCGUUGACCACCGCCCCCCAACCGUCGGCCACCGCCGCCCCCCAUUGGCCAGCAGCCCAUUCCCGGCCCCGGACCAGCAGCGAUCCGCCCCAUGGCCGUGGCUCACGGCCACGCUAGCCACGGCGGCCAUCUUGGUAGCCACGGUGAUCGCGGUGGCCACGUGGCUCCGCCGGAAACGCCGGUCCGGUUCGACCACGUUGGGGCCAUGGAUCGGACCGGCGCCGGUGGGGGAGGAAGAGGGGGAGGUGGGGGUGGCAACGGUGACCAGGCCUUUGGUAGCCACGGUGGCCACCGGGCAGGAGGUGGCUACUAAAAUGAGUACCUUCGUAGCCACCGGGGAGGAGGGGGAGGGGGAGGAGGUGGGGGGAGGGGGGGACAGCGCGGGGUGA